GGCGCGCGGACCGCGCUCUCGACCCGCAGACUCCGCGCCUGAGCCGUGCGCUGGGCACUCGCUGGCCGCCCGCGCACCCGACACACCGGGGCGCAGCGGGAGCCCGUGCGGGGCGGGCGGCCGUCCAUGCGGCGGCGCUCGGGAAGCACGCGGGGCUGAGGAAUCCGCCGCUCCGGACCAGCCCAGGUGAGCAGAUCGCGCAGCCCGGCCCGCCGCGGUCUGGAGCCCGGGGCAGCCCCGCAGACUGGAGCGCUUGGGAGUUGGACACCACCUGAACCUGUAGGAAACUGGGGACAGCUCUGAGAAACCCGUGCCUUAGCCUGGACCUGCAGCAUCAUGGUUUCCCAUCUCACAAGCUGUCUCAGUGCCCUGGGCGCCCUCCUGCUGCUUGGUCCUCAGCUUGUCUGCCCGCAGCCCUCCACUGAACACAGAAAGGUUCCACAACGGAUGGCAGUGGCCGAGGGAACCCCAGAGGACAGUGGUGGUGGCUCCCCAGGUGUGUGGGGCUCCUGGGGCCCCUGGUCUGCCUGCUCGAGAAGCUGCAGUGGUGGUGUGAUGGAGCAGACACGACCCUGCCUGCCCAGCUCCUACCGCGCUCGAGGAGGCUCCCGGCCCAAUGGCCCUACACUGUCCAUCACUGGCCACGUUGUGUCAGCCGUACGGACCUCAGUACCACUGCAUCGAAGCCAGGAGGACCAACAUGCCCUGCCUGGUUCCAGUGCUAGCCGCCAAGGCCCCACAGUGGUGCGAGGAAGCCGACACCCACAGGCCCGGGGCCGGGGCCGUGAAUCCUCAGAGAGAAGGAGCAGAACCCGAGGUCCCAUUGGCCCCGGCAAGUAUGGCUAUGGGAAGGCUCCCUACAUCUUACCACUGCAGACGGAUACCACACAUACUCCACAGAGGCUUCGGAGACAAAGGCCUUCAACCAGGCACUCCAGGUCCCAGGAGGCAUCUGCUCCUAAGCAGGGCUACAGGUUACCAACCCACCAGUUCUCCCACAACAGGCCUCUCUACCAGAGCGACAGUGGCCCUCGUUCCAGACUGCCACCUUCUGAGGCCUCUAUCUACCAGCUGCCCUUGACUCACGAUCAAAGCUAUCCUGCAACUUCAAGUCUCUUCCACAGCCCGGAACUGAGCAGCAACAAUGGUGCUAGGCCCCAUGGGGCAGCUCAGGCCUUUCCUCAGCAUCUGCGAUCUACAGCAAUCUCCUGCAUUGGGGCCUAUCGGCAGUACAAACUCUGCAACACCAAUGCGUGUCCAGAAAGUGGUAGAAGUAUCCGGGAGGUACAGUGUGCAUCUUACAACAACAAGCCAUUCAUGGGCCGGUUUUAUGAAUGGGAACCGUUUGCAGAAGUAAAGGGUAAUCGCAAAUGUGAGCUGAACUGCCAAGCAACAGGCUACCGCUUCUACGUACGGCAAGCCGAGAGGGUCAUUGAUGGCACACCCUGUGAUCAGAACGGCACGGCGAUCUGUGUGUCGGGGCAGUGUAAGAGCAUUGGCUGUGAUGACUUCCUGGGAUCUGACAAAGUCGUGGACAAGUGCGGGGUGUGUGGAGGCGAUAACACGGGCUGCCAGGUGGUGUCCGGAGUGUUUAAGCACGCCCUCACCAGCCUGGGCUACCACAGAGUUGUAGAGAUUCCUCAAGGAGCCACAAAAAUUAACAUUACAGAGAUGCACAAGAGCAACAACUAUUUAGCCUUGCGAAGCCGCUCUGGCCGCUCCAUCAUCAAUGGGAACUGGGCAAUCGAUCGCCCCGGGAAGUACGAGGGCGGAGGGACAAUGUUCACCUACAAGCGACCGAACGAGAUCUCCAGCACUGCUGGCGAGUCCUUUUUGGCUGAAGGUCCUACUAAUGAGAUCUUGGAUGUCUAUAUGAUACACCAGCAGCCCAACCCGGGAGUCCACUAUGAGUACGUGAUCAUGGGGAACAACGCCAUCAGCCCACAGGUGCCACCGCACAGGAGACCAGGAGAACCUUUCAAUGGGCAGUUGGAAACAGAAGAGAGAGGCCAGGAGGACAGAGAAGAGAGGGAAAAGAACCAGGAGAAGGAAGACUCACGUGUCGAGGCCCCUGAGGUAUUCACAUCAGAAUCCACGCAAACCUUCCCCGUCAGGCAUCCAGAGAGAUUCCCUUCCCACCGACCAGACAACUUGGUGCCCGCAGCACCACAGCCCCCAAGGCGAAGCCGGGACCACAACUGGAAGCAGCUGGGGACAACAGAAUGCUCCACCACCUGCGGGAAAGGAUCGCAGUACCCUAUCUUCCGCUGCGUGCACAGAAACACACACGAGGAGGUUCACGAGAGCUACUGUGACUCCAGCAUGAAACCGACCCCAGAGGAGGAGCCCUGCAACCUCUUCCCCUGCCCAGCCUUCUGGGACAUCGGAGAGUGGUCCGAGUGCAGCAAGACCUGUGGCCUGGGCAUGCAGCACCGCCAGGUCCUCUGCCGCCAGGUGUAUGCCAACCGCAGCCUGACAGUGCAACCCUACCGCUGCCAGCACCUGGAGAAGCCAGAGACCACCAGCACCUGCCAGCUCAAGAUCUGCAGCGAGUGGCAGAUCCGGACAGACUGGACCUCGUGUUCAGUGCCCUGUGGCGUGGGGCAGCGAACCCGAGACGUGAAGUGUGUGAGCAACAUCGGGGACAUGGUGGAUGAUGAGGAAUGCAACAUGAAGCUCCGACCAAAUGACAUCGAGAACUGUGACAUGGGGCCCUGUGCAAAGAGCUGGUUCCUCACAGAAUGGAGCGAAAGGUGCUCAGCGGAGUGCGGGGCUGGAGUAAGGACGCGUUCUGUGGUGUGCAUGACCAACCACAUCAGCAGCCUGCCAUUGGAAGGCUGUGGGAACAACAGGCCAGCGGAGGCUACACCGUGUGACAAUGGGCCCUGCACAGGCAAGGUGGAGUGGUUUGCUGGCAGCUGGAGUCAGUGCUCCAUCGAGUGUGGCAGUGGGACACAGCAGAGGGAAGUGAUCUGUGUUAGGAAGAAUGCAGACACCUUUGAAGUGCUAGAUCCUUAUGAGUGUUCGUUCCUGGAGAAGCCCCCCAGCCAGCAGGCCUGUCACCUCAAGCCUUGUGGAGCUAAGUGGUUUAGCACAGAGUGGAGCAUGUGCUCCAAGAGCUGUCAGGGCGGAUUCCGGGUGCGGGAAGUUCGGUGUCUGUCAGAUGACAUGACCCCGGGUAGCCUCUGCGACCCCCAGUUGAAACCAGAAGAGAGAGAAUCUUGUAACCCUCAGGACUGUGUCCCUGAAGUUGAUGAAAACUGCAAGGACAAGUACUACAACUGCAACGUGGUGGUCCAGGCGCGCCUCUGUGUCUACAACUACUACAAGACUGCCUGCUGUGCCUCUUGCACCCGAGUGGCCAACAGACACACAGGCUUUCUGGGGAGCCGAUAACACGCCUGCCCUCCUGGGGUUACAAGCAGCGCACCUGGCUGGGCUGCUCUGCCGAGGACCCCCGCUCUCACCUUCCAAAAGCGUACCACAUGGUACCCAGGAUGUUGGAAAGUUAUGGCUGGCCCUUUGAGCAUUACCCUAUCCUGAUGAUGCCCUUCCUUGGGCCCUGGUGCCUGCUCAUGGUGCCUUCUGAAAAUCAAGAAUACAGCUCUCAUCCCAACUCCAGGCCUACUGUCAUCCAAGGCAGCAGCCGGACCACUGACCAAGCGCAGCCUCCUUCCUGGUGCUACUGCCCUGUCCAAAAUUAGAACCCCUUUGGAAAGUCAAGAGAGGAAAGCACCCCAUCCUGCAGCACGGACAAGCCUCGCUGAGACCUGUGCACCCCUGUUACCUCAGCCCAGCUGCGUCCCUCGUGAUUCUUAAAGACAAUAGACAGUUUCCUGCCUCGGGACAGAGCUAUCUUACAAUAGAGUGCUUUCUUGUUUAGCAGUUACACACACUCUCAGACAUUAGCUCACUGAGGGCUGCAGUGUCCCAGAAUGGGAGGCAGAGGGUGAAUAUGUGCCCCCUACUUCACUAGCAAGGAGACUGGGGCUCUAUUCGGGUAACUGAGCUGCUGUUUGGGGGACAAGGCUAAGUGCCUACCCCAGAUGACUGGGCACAACCCUCUCCCCACAGCACCUCCAGUGACCACCCUGGGCUCUGUCCAGGGUCUAUAGUCUGAAGGAUGAAUGGGCUUCCUGUCUGACCAGGAGGCAUUCUCUGAACAGCCCAGGCUUCUGAGCCCCAUCCUCUGUCCCUAAGUGCUGCCUCAAAUGAGCACUGAGUUCUUUCAAGAUGUCUGCACCCCCGUCCCCUUUCCCUCAGCCAUAACUCCUGAUGACAGGACUCUGGUGUUUGCUAAGUUCCAUUCUCAACAGAGCUGUCCCUCGCGACAAGGUAGCCACCGGGAGAGCUGGCCAGUCACCAAGGAUUCUCUGGGCUACUCUGGAGCUGGAGCAAACUCCCAAAUCCCACGGGCUCUUGUUCCACCAUCUCUCCUGGCUUCUUCAUGGUACCACCUAAUGUAUAGGCAAGCCAGUUACCCCAGCAACAUCUCCAUAUUGCAAUAGGGAUGGUCUAAUUUGAGCCUGGUGGACUGUCCGAUAGUUCUAUCUAGUGGCCUCACAUCCCUCCCCUCCAUUGUGACUCAUGACUAAUUCUUCCCACAAGCAUUGACCAUCAAGACUAAUUUUAAUGCUGCAGGUCUGGGAGAAGGAGGUUGGAAGCCCUCCGUAUCUCUGCUGACUCACUCUGCCAACUGUAAUUCCAGAGGCCCCAGGCCUGAAGGGACUCGGUGUUUAUUGAAAGGUGAACCAUCUUGGGAUGCCAGGGACAGGGGGGGGAGACAAUUAAGAAAAAUAUUUUUUUUUCUUAAAAAUUGUAAACUUACAGAAAUUAUAUUUUGGGUUCUGGGCAUGUUUCCCUUAAAGAAGGCACAAAACCUUAGCACAUGGUCUCUCCAUGAACCAACCUACAUUGUGACAGCUCACAGCUGUGGGGAUGGUAUAACCUGUCUGAUCCGAUGCACUCUGUCAGGAUUCCAAUGGCCUUGGCCUCUGUGAGUGUCCCCUCAUCAUUUGUCUCUGCCUGGGAAGCCAAGCACUGCUUCUGUCAGCAAGCAGCCCCACCUCUCCUGGGGGGCAGGAGAUACACAGCCCAGCAGAGACCGCAAUCACCAUGCUAACUAGAGAGAAGCCACCUCAUGAGCAGCUUCCGUCACCGCUCUCUUCCUGUCCCUCUCACUGUGUGCUUCUGCUUGUCCCAGGCAGUUUUCCCUCUAUGCAGCCAUUCUCAGAUCUUGCUGGACAAGCCAGGUAUUGGAAGGAUUCCUUGGAAGGUGUUUGUGUACACGCCUGAGGGUAAGGCAGGCACGGAUCUGUGCGUAACCUGAGAGCUAGCAUUAGCUCCAGGGAAGGAGAGCGUUCUAGCAACCAAAGCCACCCAACAAUCGUUGGUCACAGGGCCUAAAGGCCUUCUCUGCAGAGAGUGAGCACACUGACCCUUCCGGUUCACAAAUUCUCAGGGCUGGGCUGGGUUGGUGAUGGCUUUGUCUACCCUGUGUCUCAGGUGUCAUCUCACGGUUCUUAGCAAAGACAAAGAUCCUCCUAUAGUAAGCGUAGGUCAGAGAAAAUGGGGCAGGCCCUGGUCUUUAGGCAAAUACCAAACCAAACUAAACAAAACACCGACAACAAAACUAGAAAAUGCCUCAUCCGAGUUCAGUGGAUUUUUCCAGGAAAAUGAGCUGUUCCUGGGAGUUCAGUCCCCUUUGGAAGGUUAUAGAUUUCUAGGAAUGGGGUCAAUUAACCACUUUGUUUAGAAGGCCAAUCUUGCAAAGGUCCUGGUUCCUCCUUCCAUCCCCUGCACAGCCUCCUCCCUACACAGUGUGGGCAGCGGGGCCUUGGGCUCACCAGCGGUUACCAGGAUUGCCCGUCCCUGCAGAUGGUGCUUUAUCCACCACCUCCUUCUCAGACCUCUCCACAUUCCCUUCGUUGGCUGUGGUUUGGAGCUGAAAUUUAUAUUUUAAUAUUGAUUUUCCUCUGGUGUGCCAGAUGGCCACAUCAUGAGCUCUGAAUGAAAAAUUAGGUAAAUGAAAGCUACUGUGUAGCCUUUCUCAACAAAAGUCAACAAAGCCCCAAAUGAAAAGCAUGUGCUGUUUAGCUUUCAUUAGGACAAAAAAAAAAAAAAAGACCUUCCUUUUGAGCCUCUAUUGAGUCUCUAUUUCCUUUGACCUCUCAGGGCCGGCUGGGAAUAUGCUCUCCAACCGCUAGAGGGAGCAGUGCCCCACUCGUAGCCAUGCUCUGACUAAGAGAAGCCAGAGGAGCUUGUCAGCCCAGGAUUUCGGUUUCUCCUUCCCUCCUUGCUUUUAGCAGGCAUCAUCUAUUUGUUCUCUAUUCGUUUACACCCAACCUUCUCUUUUUAAAAGGUGGUUGAGAAGCAGGAGAUGCUAGAUUAAUUUGUUGUGUGAUAUACAGAAAUCUAGAUAUUGCUAGCACCUGCCCAAGCUAGCCCCCUCGUUUUAUUGAUAGCUGUCUUAGCAGUGACACUAUAAAGUGUUCCUAUAUAAAUAUAAGGAACAAAACGAAGCCAGACGACAUCAUGACAGGGUGAAUAGUCUGUCAGCCCUGCAGGUGGAGGCCAGAUCCUUGCCAGAUAAAACAUUUUGCACGUAGCUUAGAAGAAAACUGGCUGAUGCCCUGAGCUUCAAGAGCCAACAGCUAGGGUAAGAGGGAUCUGAAAAGAUGUUUUAAAAACCCCGAAGAGAAGGCCUAUAUUUCAACAGUUCACUGGGAGGUGGUGAAAGCCCUACCUUUGGAAUAAAAAAAAAAUAACUAUACAGUUGAAAGGUGAUAGAGAAGAAUUUCAGCCAAGUUCAAAGUGAGUUAAAAGAGUGGGAGGAAUGCAUCGGAAUGUAAAGGACCCCUAGACUAGCCAGUUAGCUCAAUCAGCAAAGCGCUGAAGAACUGAGUCCAAGUCUCAGAACCCUCAUGCAAAAAGCCAGGUUUGGCGGUAUUCACUUGUAAUCCCAGCACUCGGGAGGCAGAGACAGGAGGAUCGCUGGGGUUCACUAACUGGCCAGCCCAGCCUACUUGGCAAGUGCCAGGCCAGUGAGAGACCGGGUCACAAAAAAACAUGGUGGAUGGCACCCGAAGAACAACAGUUGUCCUCUGACCUCCACAUGAACUCACAUAUAGGCAUGUGUGUAUAAGCCAUCCCACAAGCCACCAAGGCCACCGAGAAAACAUGGGUGAGAGUCAAGCUGGUGUCUGUAGGAAGACUACUGCUCACAGGUAACAUUCACGUGGGGCUUUCCAAUCCUGAUAAAGAGGACAGCCUGUUGGAGACAGUGUGAGGAACUUCUGAGGUGGGAUGUCUGCGGAAGAGACACCAUGAGAGCCCUCUCAGGAGUAGGAGGGAGAAAGCUCAGUGAAACAGGUUGCUCUUGCAGAAUAACGAACUAUCUGCAUGCUGGAACCUUCUAUGGUGCAGGGAUGCUGGAGAUAGACCAUAACUCUCUGUGGAAGUGGCAGCUGAGGCAGGAUGGCGCUGUGCCGGGAUGUGGGAAGAGGCUCUACUAAAUGGAACAGCUCUGAGUGACUCAUUCAUAUCAUUCCUAACUGCUACUAUCUUGUCGCCAUUUGAAACCCAGUAGUGCCUCUUCCUGUAAGUUGCGUUUGCCCUCAUUUGGCAGCCACUGGCAGCCUGGGCAGAGCCAUCUCUAUGUGCCUGUUUCCCAGAGGGGGCAAACAGACAUGGGGGCAGCUAACUGCCUGCCUGGGGUCACAACACUCCACCGAGGAGGCAGCCUUGAGUAGCCUGCGCUAUUUGUCUUCAAUCUCUUUUGUAAGAACCUUGCCUGCCUGAGGGACCCCUUGCUGACAAAGAACAACAGCUUUCUACCCCACACCGUCCUUUGUAUUCUGGGUCCUUGUUCUGUUGUGGAAAGUGGCCCCAAGAAUAUGGAAACUCCCAGCCUCGUCAGAUGAUCAGCCCCUGGCCUCGGUGAGACGAGAGUCCAUUCUGUUACACCCACUAACUCCCACCAUCCACCCAACAUAAGGAUAUACUUUGCUAUAACUUAUUAUUUUGUUCUCUGUAAAUACAAGAUGUUUAUAGGAAAUACGUACUCUGAACUAUGUCUGCAGAGUGGACUGCAACAACAGAAUAGUUCUGCUAUUUAGAAUAUGUUCAUUGUAAAGGGACCUAAUGGUAUUUAUUACAUAAGCCAUUCACAUUUACAUAAAAUGGUUUGAUUGGCCAAGCCAGCUUUCUGGUACAUUGCUACACCACAGUGUCUUAUUCUAUGUCAAUCCUUUCAGCUGUUUAUAUAGUGAUUGGCUAAAUUUUUGAGGGUUUAAAAUCAAAUAUAACUAACUCUGCUUUUGAUGUUCAGGGGCUCGCUCCCUGGUAUUGUGCCUAACUAAGCCUGCCACCUUUCUGUCUUUUUUUGGUUUUUUUUUGUUUUUAUGAGACAGGGUUUCUCUGUGUAGUUCUGGCUGUCCUGGAACUCACUCUGUAGACCAGGCUAGCCCUGAACUCAGAAAUCUGCCUGUCUCUGCCUCUUGAGCUCCCAAGUGCUGGGAUUAAAGGUGUAUGCCACCACUGCCCAGCCACCUUUCUGUCUUAAAUAUUAUGUUUUCUCAUAUGACCCACCCUCUCCUUACACCCACACAUGUGGAGAAGGGAAGGUGGCUGGUCUUUCUCAUCCCUUCUCAGUGUGACUGGCUGUUAGCUUCACCUGCCUCAUUGCUUAGGUCAGAGCAGUGGACGGCUUGGGCUGAGGGGCUAGGAGAGGGUUAGGGACAUGCAGCAGCGUUCUCAGCUCUGAUGGCCCUAGGGUCCCUGCUGAGGACUGUGGGGCCAGGGCCUCGAGGCUGACCUGUGAACUGCAGAACUAGGACAGAGAAGGCCCUGAGGACACCACCAGUUCCCUGUGUCCUCUGCAAGCUUAAGUUAUUAUGGAAGGGGGAGGCAAGUAGACGGUGAAUUAUAUGAGCAAAUAUGGGCUACUUCCCAGCACUAUUUUGUGUAUGACUAAUUUAUUUUUAUUGUAAAGAUACAAUAAACUGGUUAAAAGAUCUA